AGAAGCACUGCGCACUAGGUAAUGAUUUCCUCUUCCGAGCCCCCAAGUCCCAAACUCAAAACCCUCGCACUCCAAAACCUCAGGCUCCCCUAGCUUUUUCAGCUUUCUUAACUGCCCAAUAUGUGGCCUUUAUCAAGAGCCCUCAUUAACCGCUUCCACCAGCUGCUCACCACCAAUCCCAGGACACCUUCAGCCCCAUUCAUCUUAUUUAAAAGUUUCAGCACAGAUUCUUUGAUUGAUGGGUCGGAGAUCCAAGUACAAGAGUCGAGAAUUAUUGAAGCAAAACCGGGAGUGAUGAAUCCCAACUCAAAACGAACCGGUGUUAUUGCAGUCAAGUGCGGAAUGUCGGCUAUUUGGGAUAAAUGGGGUGCGAGGAUUCCUAUUACUGUGCUUUGGGUCGAUGAUAAUAUUGUCUCUCAAGUUAAAACUGUUGAAAAAGAAGGCUUCUCUGCCUUACAGAUUGGAUGCGGGCAGAAGAAGGAGAAACAUUUGAGAAAACCUGAAGUGGGUCAUUUUAGGGCUCAAGGUGUUGAACUCAAGAGGAAAUUGAGAGAGUUUCCUGUGACCGAGGAUGCGCUUCUUCCAGUUGGUACGUCUAUUGGUGUCCGCCACUUUGUUCCUGGCCAAUAUGUUGAUAUCACAGGAAUAACAAAAGGGAAAGGUUUUCAGGGUGGAAUGAAAAGAUGGGGAUUUAAAGGUAUGCCAGCAUCUCAUGGUGCAUCACUAUCGCAUCGUAGUAUUGGUUCAACAGGUCAGAGAGAUGCUCCUGGCAAGGUUUUUAAAGGUAAAAAGAUGCCUGGACGCAUGGGUGGAAAGCAGAGAACAGUAAAAAAUGUAUGGGUUUACAAAAUUGAUCCAGCUAGGGAUUUGAUGUGGGUGAAAGGGCAGGUCCCGGGUGCUGAAGGGAACUUUGUGUUUAUCAAAGAUGCUGUUUACAGGAAACCUGAUAUUUCACUACUUCCAUUCCCUACUUAUUUGACCCCAGAAGAUGAGGACACAACGACAUUAGAACCUUUGAUUGCUGAUCUUGGGAAAGAAGAUCCAUUUAUGAUGGCAGAUUGAUAGUCGACCAAGUUCAAAAUUCUUUAAGAAUGUGAUUUCUUGCUUCAUCAGGUUUAACUACCUAGCUGUAACUUUUUUGGUGAAAUUCUGAGAGAUUGGUGGUGUUCAAAGAACUGGCAGAGGCUGUGAGUUUGGUUCCUAUAUUUUUGCCACAGGAUUGUAGCUGGAAAAACAUGUAGUCUUUACAAUGGAGUUAACAUGUCUUUGGAAUUUUUAUAGUGAUUGAUAAUUUAUGCCUUCGAAUUAUGUUGUUGAAAGAAGAACGUGGGAAACCUAGAAAUUGGUUGCAUUUAAUUGUAGAAUUGCUUUUCUAAGUUAA